AGAGGUUAUCUCAUUGACAGACGACCUCCUCUUGUAAGCUCGUUCAUUUAACGAGUAAAAAUACAACUCCAGAAUGGAGAUGAUUAUUUGGGAAAUCCAUAGUAUCAUUUGAUAGAAUAUAUUGUGUUAUUGAAUUUCUUCACGCUCCAUAAGAAAGUAUGAGAAAAGAAUAAAAUUGAGACACGUGUUGAGAAUAUAACCCAUAAAAAUGUCUUCACCGAUACCUUUGACUGUUCGAAGUUCUAUGGGUAUAUCUGCAUUGACAGGCCCUCCUGAGUUCAAAGCAUUAAAUGGGUUUAACACUGUCACAAGCAAAAACUGCAGAUCUAUACAGUUCAGUCCCAAUGGAGAUAUUUUAGCUUAUUUGAAUGAUUCUCAGUGUGUUUUGCUUGAUACAACUAACUGGUCUACCAUAGCUACUAUUCAACCAUGUAAGGCCAAUCAAAUGACUUUUUCUCCAAAGGGAACCUUUUUACUUACAUGGGAACCAUUCGCUAUUACUAAGGCAAACCCUAAUGGCGGUCCAAACCUUCACAUAUAUGAAACUAAGACUGGUAAAUUAAUUAAAAGUUUUGAACACAAAAAACAAUCUAAUUGGCAACCCCAGUGGAGUUCAGAUGAGAAAUUACUAUCAAGAUUAAUUAACACUGAUAUUGUAUUUUAUGAAGAUCUCAAUUUUGAUAAAAUAGUGACUAGGUUGAAAUGUAUCAAAGUUAGAUCAUAUGGUUUGUCGCCUAAUCCAGGAACCUACUUUUUCAUAUGUCAUUCCCCAGGCAGUCCGGGCCAACCAUCAUUUGGCAGACUAUUUAAGUAUCCCAAACUUGAAACUCAAGAUGCUAUUGCCAGUAAAAGCUUUUUCCAAGCUGAUAAUGUUGAUUAUUUAUGGAAUUCUAAGGGAAACAAUGCCCUCCUACUUACUAGUACAGAAGUUGAUAAAACUGGGGGAUCAUACUAUGGUAAACAAGGCCUGCAUUACAUUGGUCUUAAUGGACAAACAAUGAUGUUGACAAUGAGUAAAGAGGGACCAAUUUAUAGUGUUGAAUGGUCUCCAAAGAAUACUGAAUUCUGUGUAAUAUAUGGCUUUAUGCCUCCUAAAGCUACAGUAUUCAAUUUGAAAUGUGAACCCGUUUUUGAACUGGGAACUGGAUCCUUCAACUCAAUUUACUUUAACCCACAAGCUAACAUUUUGUUAUUGGGAGGAUUUGGCAAUUUGAGUGGUAACAUAUACACAUGGGAUACACUGAAUUGGAAACAAAUUGGUACUUGCUUAGCCCCAGAUACAACAUUAUUAGAAUGGUCACCAGAUGGUGCCCAUUUUUUAACAGCCACCACUUCCCCACGGUUGAGAGUUAAUAAUGGUUUUAAAAUAUGGCACUUUUCUGGUGCUCUUCUCCAUGAGAAGCCAUGUGUUGAUGAAGAACUCUAUGAUGUUGCAUGGAAGAAAUAUCCUAAAUAUACAUUCAAAGAACCAAGUAUCUCUGAGAAAGUUCAGGGCAUUGAAUCUUCACAGCCUCAAGCCUCAAAAAAAGCCUAUGUUCCUCCAUCUCUUAGAAAUCGACCUACUAAUCCCAAAGUUCAAGGUGAAGGUGAAAAAGCUCAUAAACCAGGUGGUGAUUCUGGACCAUCCAAGGCUGCUUUGAAGUUGAAGAAAAAGAGAGAAGCAAAAAAAGCUAAAAAAGUAGAUGAGGAUGAGCAAAAACCCUCUGCAACUGUUGUUAGCUCUGUUCAAAUAAACUUGAGUGGAGAUCCAGAAAAGGAUAAAAAAUUGAAAAAUUUAAAAAAGAAACUUGAUGCAAUUGAGAAGUUGAAAGAACAGCAAUCUCAAGGAAAAGUGCUGGAAAUCAAUCAACUAGCUAAAAUAAAAGGAGAAGCUGAUUUACUGAAGGAAUUGGAGCAGUUACAAGUGUGAUUUUAUACAUGAAAAUAUAUUUAUCAUGUUGAUUUUCUAACAAUAAAAUAUAUUUUGAGGAAUUUGAAA